UACGGGCUCUGCUGCAUUUGAACGUAUCGCGACUCUUAUAUUAUUCGCCGGUGGACAUAACUCAGGCCUGCGGCAAUUUAAACUCAAAUAACCGCCGUGGAAGUCUACCUAGACCCUGCGAGGACGGACACUGUCACCCCAGAAGAGGACAGCGUAUUCUGAAAAGUAGACGUUAAAGGGAGCGUGGAGAUUAUUCACGUCGCCUUUUUGUCCUGUCACGUCUCAGGCAUGCCUCUCCAAAGCAUCUGGCCCUUGUGUGGGAGCUUUUGUAUGGACUGAGUGAGAGCCGUCGCCAUGGGCAACGAGGACAGCCUGGAGGACGUGUUUGUGGCUGUCCUACGGCCCAAGAGUCAGGUCAGCCUGAGCUCGAAGGAGUACCGAGCCAAAGCCUAUGAGAUUCUUCUGAGUGAAAUGCCCUUGGAGGGGAAGGAAAAGAAAAGGAAGAAAGUCCUCCUGACGACAAAGAUCCAAGCAGCAGGGGACAAAUCCAAAUCCAUUGUAGAUUAUGUUGCUGAAACCAUCAAGCCAUUAUCUAACAACCAAAGCUUCAUUGGUAAACGUGUAGUUCACAUGCAGAAAUUUCCCUUGGAUGGCGACAAUAAAGUCAAAGAGGUGUCGCUGUUUGUGGUGCCAGUCAAUGUUAAAGAUAACAGCAAACCCAUCCACAACGCUAACAGCCCAAGCUUCUACUGCCUGCAGGACAUCAUGAGGGUGUGCAGCGAAACCAGCGUCCACUUCUGCUCUAUCACCUCCAGGAUGCUCCUGGCCUUAGACAAGUGGUUAGCUGAGCAGCACAGCGUGCCACACGCUAUCCCUGCCCUGUUCCGACCAGCACCCGUGGAGCGGGUGAAGACCAACGUCAGCAACCCGGCGUACGGCAGCGAGGGCAAACUCAGCGAUGAAGGCUUAUACAUGGGCUACACGGCACUGGAGAUCAAGAGCAGGAUGAUGUCCCUCGAGAAGGCGGACAUGUGCGUCCUGAAUCCCCUUUAUGGCUCUGAUCUGCAGUACACUAACCGGGUAGACAAAGUUAUCAUCAACCCAUAUUUUGGGCUCGGAGCACCAGACUACUCCAAAAUCCAGAUCCCGACCAGGGAAAAGUGGCAACAUGGCGCCAACUGCACAGCAGAAGACAAGGAGCGUCAGUGGGUGGAAGACUUCCCACUCCACCGCAGUGCUUGCGAGGGAGACACAGAGCUCCUCUCCAAGCUUUUAGACAGCGGCUUCUCAGUCAAGCAGCUGGACAGCGACCACUGGGCCCCUGUCCACUAUGCCUGCUGGCACGGCAAAGUUGAGGCGACCAAGCUGUUGCUGGACAAAGGCAAAUGCAAUCCAAACCUGCUGAAUGGACAGCUCAGCUCCCCUCUGCACUUUGCUGCCAGGGGAGGGCAUGCUGAGAUUGUGCAACUCUUGCUGCAACACCCUGAGAUUGAUCGGCACAUUGAAGACCAGCAGAAGCGAUCGCCGAUGCAAGUGUGCCAGGAGAACAAACAGAACGAGUGGGAGGAGACGGUGAAGCUUUUGCAGCAGGCCAGCAGCAAACCUUACGAGAAGGUGCGCAUCUACCGCAUGGACGGCUCGUAUCGCUCCGUGGAGCUGAAGCACGGCAACAACACCACGGUGCAGCAGAUCAUGGAGGGCAUGCGUCUUUCCCAAGACACUCAGCAGUACUUCACCAUCUGGAUCUGCUCGGAGAACCUCCACCUGCAGCUGAAGCCGUAUCACAAGCCCCUGCAGCACCUGCGCAUCUGGACUGAGAUAGUGACGGAUCUGACGGUGCUGGACCCUCAGAGGGAGACGCCCCAACUCUUCCUCCGGCGGGACGUUCGCCUGCCUCUAGAGAUUGAGAAGAAGGUGGAGGAUCCGCUGGCCAUCCUCAUCCUCUUCGACGAGGCUCGCCACUCCCUCCUGAAGGGCUUCUUUCCGGCGCCGGACAGCAAACUGAUAACGCUGGCUAGCUUCCUGCUGCAGAUCAUCUAUGGCAACUACGAGAGCAAGAAACAUAAGCAGGGCUUCCUCAACGAGGAAAACCUGAAGUCCAUUGUGCCGAUAUUAAAGGUGAAAAGCAAAGCGUACCACUGGACCAACAGGAUUCUCCAUGAGUACAAAGCACUGAGUACCAGCGAGGGCGUGAGCAAGGAGAUGCACCACCUGCAGCGACUCUUCCUGCAGAACUGCUGGGACAUCCCCACCUACGGAGCAGCCUUCUUCACAGGUCAGGUGUACACCAAGGCCAGCGCCAGCAACCACAAAGUCAUCCGCGUCUAUGUGGGCAUCAACACAAAGGGCCUGCACCUCAUGAAUAUGGAGACCAAGGCGCUUCUAAUCAGUUUAGAGUACGGCACAUUCAUGUGGCAACUGGGACACGCCGACCAGUAUUUCCAAAUACACAGCGGUGAGAACAAAAUGAAUUUCAUCGUGCACACAAAACAGGCGGGCCUCAUUGUGAAGCUUUUAAUGAAGCUGAGCGGACAGAUGACUCCCAACGACAAAGGUGCUGCUGCAGACAAAUAUGCUUACGGCUGAUGAAUCGUUGGUGCAAGAACAUUCAAAGAUGACAGCGCUGCCAAAAAGAGAUUUCUGUGCUGAAAAAAAAACCUGACUGCAAUAAUGUAGUAAUAUCUUGUUUUUUAUUUACAUUACUGUGUAUUUUGACAAAUCAUGCCUUACUUUUCAUGUCUGUGUAAAUACGUUUAUUUAAUAAUUGUUUUAAUAAACUGAAUGCUCUGGUCAAUAAUUAAUACAUUUGCUUUAAGUAAUGGAUUUUCACCAAUAUAUUUCGCUAACUAAUAUUUAGAAACAAGGCCGCUAGCUUUGUCCAUUAAGCUAAUACAUAAACUACAGGCAUUUUUACUCAAACUAGAAAAAGUGUUAGUCUUGAUAUUGCGUAAUUUAAUAUUAUUUUACCUUAAUGUUGGACAUGUUUGACUGGCGCUAGCAAGUGACACGUACUAGGUA